AUGAGAAAAGCCAACUACUUAAACUCGCGAUCGACUGAUAAUAUUGCUACUUCAUCAUCAGCAGCAUCAUCAUCGCAUAGGAGAGGAAUGGCAGUCGAAGCAAGCGCACCACCAAACACUGCUGUUCCCCAGCACGUAGAUUAUGACAAGAAACGUAGAGAAACGUUAGGAAAACUUGACAUAUAUUAUCAACAAGUAUGCACUAUUAUACUCGAACGACAGAACGCUGUUACGGGAUUGAUUCCAGCAUCCGUAGCUGUUACAGCCCAUGGAGACUAUCGAGACGCGUGGGUCCGUGAUAACGUGUACUCGAUCCUUGCUGUAUGGGGUGUAUCGCUUGCUUAUCGAAGAAUCGAUGAUGAGCAAGGUCGUGGUUAUGAACUGGAACACGCUACCGCAAAAUGUAUGCGUGGACUGCUCUUCGCUAUGAUGGGUCAAGCCGCCAAGGUCGAAAAGUUUAAGAAUACUCAGUCGUUGACUGACUGCUUACAUGCCAAAUACAAUACAAGUACAGGAGCCACAGUCGUUGGAGACUCAGAAUGGGGCCAUCUUCAAAUCGAUGCAACCUCCAUCUUCAUCUUCUACCUCGCUCAAAUGACUGCUUCUGGAAUGCAGAUCGUCUACACGAUGGAUGAGGUCAAUUUCGUUCAGAAUCUUGUGUUUUAUAUCGAAAGAGCAUAUCGUACUCCAGACUAUGGUAUCUGGGAGCGUGGUAACAAGCUCAAUCACGGAAUGCCGGAACUUAACAGCUCUAGUAUCGGAAUGGCAGUUGCUGCUUUACAAGCUAUCAAUGGAAUCAAUUUAUUCGGUGGUCGUGGUGGUAGUGCUUCUGUGAUACACGUCCUCCCAGAUGAAAUCACACGAAAUGUCACUACGUUACAAUCUGCUCUACCACGUGAAUCCAACUCGAAAGAAGUCGAUGCCGCUAUAUUGUCUGUGAUAUCAUUCCCAGCUUUUGCUGUCUCGGACUAUGCUCUGGUAAAUCGAACCAGGAACGAGAUAACCAAGAAGCUUGGUGGCAAGUUUGGUAUGAAGAGGUUUCUGAGGGAUGGGCAUCAGACCGAGUUGGAAGAUAACUCGAGAGGCCAUUACAAUCCUCACGAACUCCAAGUCUUUGAAAACAUUGAAUCCGAAUGGCCUCUCUUCUUCACAUAUAUGGUCCUCGACGGCUUCUUCCGAGGCGACAUCACUCAAGCUGAAGACUACCUGGAACGUCUGAAGCCUCUACUCGUAGACACUUCUGUCCAGCACAACCAAACCGAUCCAGAAACCAGCGAAGAACUCCGCAAAGGAACACUCCAUAAUUUCCCAAAACCACCGCCUGUCCAAAUCCAACUCGUGCCAGAAAUCUAUAAAGUGCCCAAAGAUCUUGUCGAUGCUGAGAAGAAUGAUCCUGGCUCCCAACAACGUGUACCAAAUGAGAAUGUACCGCUUGUCUGGGCACAGUCUCUGUAUACAUUAGGAUUAUUAUUAAAGGACGAUUUGGUAACACCUGCUGAAUUGGACCCUUUGGGACGUAGAUUCGUGCCCAAUAGGGAUGAGACCAAGAAGGAUGCUGUUGUGCAAGUUGUGUUGCUGGCUGAAUCUUCAGAGUUGCAGGCUCAGCUGGCUACGUUUGGGUUGAGUACUCAGACUCGAGAAGAGUGUGACCCAAUCACCAUUUCUCCUCCUUCAGCACUACGAGAUGCCUAUGUAACUCUAGGAGCCAAUACCAAACUUGGUUUGACUGGUCGACCUCUACGACCAAUUGGUACUUUGAGUACUAGUAAAAUGUAUCGAUGCCAUGGCAAGUUGUACUGUUUCCUACCUCAUUUCAUGGAUCGGGAAGAAUUCUUCUUGGUAUCUGACUAUGAUUACCUGGCAUCUGUAUUUGAGCAAGAGUUGGCAUUUGUUAGGAGCAAUUGGUCAUCUCCUGGUAGACCCACCAUGGCAGUCAUGCUGACAAAAGAAAUGAUAAUGGGCUCUCGAGUCUCUGACAAGUCACCCGAUGGUCGUUCUCAACAAGUUGAAACUGCCAAAAAUCUCUUGAACCUCUUCUUAUCUCUACGAUCUGGAAAUGUGAAUGGAGUCCGUGUUAGGCUCGGUCGUUUGGGAGAUAUGGUCAACACUGCAUGUAUUGAAUCCUUGGACUUCCUAUCAUAUGGAGUUGGUGGUCAAGCUGAUUGGCAUCAAGUACUUAAAGGGCCAGCAUCAUGGUCUGAACCCAGCAAACUAUCUAAGAACGUGACCAGCGCUUCUGUGGGUCCGGGAGCCCGACAACGUAAACGAACUACUCGUCGACGUGUGUCUCAAUCAGGAGAUGCUAUAGGAUCCAAGAGUCCUCUCUCCAGCCCAUACUAUACCGAAGAUCCAUCCAUACCAUAUAACGAUUCCACGUUUAGCUUGGAUCACUCACCGCCACAAUCUAUACCUGUAUCUCCACUACACGCCAAUGGUGAACCUCAUGCCAAUGGUGUCAGUAAUGGUGCUCUGGCAUCAGAUGCUGCAACUACGCCAGACGAUGCAGAUAGUAAACGAACCAAUAUUGCAACCUCUGCACUUACCAAGCCACAAUCAGAACAGGGCAGUCUAACAGCUCGAGAUGAUCAUGGUCCAACUGUAACUACAGCCAUGGAACGAACCACCAGUCCAACACCAACUAGUGAAAUGCUCACCUUGACUCUUGGAGAUCCGUCACAUAUAGAUCAGGCAGUCAGCACGUUGUCUGAAUCUUCCAACAUGUAUGAACAAAUCGAUCUAUUACACUACUUGUUUAGUUGUAAUGGGUUGGAUUACUCGGUUGGUGGACUUGGAACAGUCAGGAAUCUGUUGGAGGAGGUUUAUGUAAAGGCUACUACUCUGAGGCAAUGGAAUGUCGUACGUCAUGCUGCUGGAUUGCUUCGUAAAGUAGUCAACUCACUCACUGUCAAUGUCGCCGAUCUAUUGAUCCGACAGAGACCAGUGACCAUUGGGUUUGGUGGUGAUAAUGAAUUCUUUAUCGCAUCACCCAUGAAUCCAGGUGCCUUGGUGGAUAUCAUUUACAAUCGAUGUGCAUCGGAUGUACGAGAGGCUCCACUUGUACAAGAAGUCUUUACAUAUCUUGGAUCCUUCAUUCGCUCGUCACCAGACUUGUUUGACGGCAUCAUGAGGCUACGAACGCAUCUCAUUAUCAUCGCCAUGAGAGAUGAGAUUGCUCGAAUCAUGAACUGUGAUGAGGCUGAAGCCGUCGAGAAUCUGAUGCAGUUGUCACCGUUCGAGAUGAAAACCUUACUCGGUGAAGUCCUAUCAGGCUCGACAGAUUCAUCCAUCCUGGAAUCCAGCAAGGACGCUGACAAGCCUGGCCAUUUGAAAGAAUCCGGUGAUUCCGUACCCGCUGCUCUACUACCAUCCAAUGGCAAAUGGCUUCGUCGUAGGAAGGACGAUGGUGCUUUGAACCGUGUGCCUGAUCGAUUCUAUCCUCGUGUGUGGAAGAUAUUGAGUAAGGUGCAUGGUAUACUUGUUGGUAAAGCUUUCUUGCCAAGGGAUCCAACAGUCAGUGAAAAGACUGAGGAGGAAUUGGCUUUUGCGUUACAACUUGAAGCCAUAUUGGAUGUGAUACGUGACCCAGCUGAACGUCAAAUCACUGUGGAAUGUCUUGUUGUUAUAGCCAGGAUGAUAGAACGAAACCCUGAACUCCGAAUCAAGGAAGGAACCCUCGACUUGCUGGCAAUCGUACGAGACGCCAUUCUCCGAUGUUGGACGAAAUUCAUUGCCGAAAAGCGAGGAGAAACAAUACCUGCAGGAGCUGAAAACAAGGAUGCUGUAACAACUCCUCACGGUGGUGCAGAUCCUGAAGUUGCCAAGUUCAUUGAGGGUUUAUCGCCAGACAAGAUUGAACGUUUGGCUCGUCGGCUCUUCUUUGAUCUGCCUUGUGAUGGUAAAGAUGGAACUAUGGCGUAUUUGGCUAGUAGCUGUUUACGUGCUUGUUUUGAUGAAGGUCAAUCUCGCUGA